GAAGAGACUCUGAAAUUUGGAAAUAUUAAAAUGGUACUUUCUAUGAAGAGACUCUGUGAAAUUUGGGAACAUUAAAAGACACGAAGAGAAUAUUAAAUGUUCCGGAAGAAUUUGGGAAAAGGUUCCGAAAUUAUCGAUUUCAGCGAUUUCAGUGAAAAGAAAUCGAAUUCAUUUUGAAAUCGAAUGACCGACUGCUACCUGAAUUCGAUGUUCAUCUAACGAGAAAACUUCGAAGCCUGGUAGAAGUCAAUAAGAAGAAAGAAACCUAUCCAAGACAAGUGGCAUCCAUUUCAUCUCCAGUUAUCUCGCGGUGACUAUUCUUACAACUUCGUUUGAGUUUCGUCGAAGCGGAAUUUACCUCUUUACUGAUCAAACUGAGCAGAUAAUUUUCUAAAGAACAGAAGCUCGCUCGUUUUUCACGAUCGCUGUAAUAAUUUCAAGCGACUAAUGAAAAGCACGGUCGUAAAUCCUCAAAUCGUCAAAGUGUAUGGGUUUGAAAAGCCAGAUAAUUUCAGGCGCUGCACGUCAUGCUAAUUAACUCGACACCAUUGUUAGGAUCGUGUUUAAUUAAUAGAAUUUCGAAAAAUCCGCGUUCCCUUGAUGCCUAUUAGAGAAGGGUGAACGUGGAUUACAUCAACCCUAUUUAUCGUGAAUGACAUCACUGGAUCGAUCAUUAACGUAAGAUUUCUCGUUGUUGCACACGGCGAGUGUUCCUCAGAACCAGGGACGCAUUUAGAGGGACUUGGAAACGUUUGGUCACAUCGAUAAGAGGAACGUGACAUAGAGAAUAUUCGCGAUUUUGUCACUAGAUAUAUCACUAGACGUAAUUACCGAGUUUAAUGUGUCAACGAAAGUUCUCUGAUAUCAAAGCAAUCUGACCAUGUCGUUCGGCCUCUACUCUGUGUCAAAUUCGUGAACAGAGUACUCGAUACCGUUUGAUGCUUCUGCGAAGUUUAUAACAGCGAAGCGAAAAUUGAUUAGCCAAUUCGUAAACGAAUUUUCCUCUGAGAAGAAAGAAGAGGAAAAGAGCACCAUGUUCCACAUCACGUCGGCGCUUAUCACGCACACAAGGUGCGCGCAAGUAUCCUCGAGUGAGGACAUGUCUCCACGUGCCAGGCGCUCCGUCUCGCCGACCAUGUGGGUUAAUUUAACUCACUAUGCCUACCGAAACAGGAGCCUCGAGCAGGGUCUAGACUUUGAAGAGAAGCCGAUGGAAGUCUGUCACUCUUUGUACUUCCUGUUGGACUUCUUCCAUCAGUACUAUAUUCCCUCGAUCAUCCUGCUCGGCCUGGUAGGCAAUCUGCUGUCCUGCGUCGUGUUCCUGAACACGCAUCUCAGGAUACGGAGUUCCAGUUACUACUUGGCCGCUUUGGCCACCGCGGAUUUCGGUUUCCUGGUUACCCUGCUGUUAGUCUGGCUGAAUAACACGAUAGGGUGGAAGGUGUUCAAUAAGGACGGUUGGUGCGAGACUUUGGUCUACGUGAGCGCUGUCUGCAGCUCUCUCAGUGUCUGGUUAAUCGUCGCGUUCACCGUUGAGAGAUUCAUAGCAGUUCAGUACCCUCUACACAGACCCCAUAUAUGCACCAUCGCCAGGGCGAAGACCAUAGUGCUGGUGCUGGUGAACCUGGCGCUGCUCAGUCACUCGUACUCCUUCGUCACGGCUGGGGUUGUUGUGAACAAGGAUGGAGAGGAGUUUUGUGACUUGAAGGAGGAGUACAUGGAGGUGAUGAAGAUAAUCAGCAUCAUCGACAGCAUCGCUAGUCUCAUUGCGCCAUUGGUCCUUAUCAUCGUGAUGAACACCAUUUUCAGCAGGCGGUUCAAACAGACCUCAACCACCUCUACGGAUUGCCCCAGCAGGGAACGAUCGGACAUCAAUCUGAAUCAAAUCCCGAGUGCUAGCAGCAGUAACAACAGUGCCGGAGGCAUCAAUCUGGGACCAGUGGUUGGAGGUCGGCGGCCACCCUCGCAGCAAUCGUUUCACUCGUCGAAGAACCAUUCCCAUCAUUCUCGACAUCAGACCACGUCCGCGCCGCCAUCAACACCACGGAACGCUUGUCAGCUACCCGAAAUAGGCAGUCGCUGUAUACACAUCAGGUCGUCGUCGAGGAAUCUCGUGUCCACGAGGAAUCAGCAGAGCAUUACGAAGAUGUUGCUCCUGAUUAGCACCGUCUUCAUCCUCCUCAAUUUACCGAGUUACGUGAUUCGGUUGUGCGUAUUCUUCUUCACUCUGGCCCACAAGAACACACCCGAUCUACUCUGGUGUUUACAACAAUUUUUCAUGCUUCUUUACUACACCAACUUCAGUAUCAACUUUCUGUUAUACGCCAUGUGCGGCAUCACGUUCCGGCGUUGCCUGCAACAAUUGCUGCGCAAGGUACUGAAAAGUAUGACUAGAUACCAUUGCAAUUCGCAGCAGUAUAUAUAGGUGUUCCGAAAACAAUAUCGAAGAUACCGUGACAACUGCGGUCACGCAGCACCUGAAUCUGUGAUCAGAUUGGACGAUCUCGUUUCGGAACACGCAAUACGUCUAGCAGUGACGCGGGACUAUCAUGGCGGCGGGUCACGUGAUCACAAGUUCGCGAACGCUGCACCUACGUUUCAACGACAGUUCCCGCGUAAAAGGGAUCACGUUCGUCUCGUUUGUAACGUUGAUCGCGAGUUGGAAUCGAAAGUACCUCGAACGUGACUUUCACGGUCCAUUUCACUUUACUGUCGGCUUGCAU